UGAUUGGCUGGCUGAUGGCGCUGCCGUCGCCCUUGGCCGAGGAGAGGCGCGGUCGCGGUUCGGGCCCGGCAUCGGCUCUGACCCCGAUCCCGAUCCCGAUCCCGAUCCCGAUCCCGGCCCCGGCCCCGCCAUGCUGUGCCACGGGGAGUGCCUGCUGAACUUCCUGACGGUGCUGCUGCUGCUGGCGCUGAUCCGCAGCCCGGCGCUGGCCUGCCUGCUGCCGGUCGCGAUCUACCUGGUGCUGCAGCUCUUGUCGCUGGAGCCCGCGGCGCCCCAGAGCGCGCAGCGCGUCCUGCGGCCCCACGGCGCCCCCGCCCGCGUGGCGCACCGCGGCGGGGCGCACGACGCGCCCGAGAACACGCUGGCGGCCAUCCGACAGGCAGCUGAGAAUGGAGCAACGGGUGUGGAGCUGGAUCUUGAAUUUAGUGCAGAUGGUGUCCCCAUUCUCAUGCAUGAUGACACAGUUGAAAGGACAACUAAUGGGGCUGGGAGACUGCGGGACCUGACUUUUGAGGAAAUCAGGAAGCUUAAUCCCUCUGCAAAACACAGGCUACGGAGCCAAUUCCAAGAUGAAAAGGUACCAACUCUGAAAGAAGCUGUUGUGGAGUCUAUGCAUCACAAUCUUACAAUCUACUUUGAUGUCAAAGGCCAUGCAAAUCAGGCAGUUGAUAUCCUGAAACAACUCUACCAGGAAUUUCCACAGUUGUAUAACAGCAGCAUAGUCUGUUCUUUUAUGCCAGACGUUGUUUAUAAGAUGAGACAAGCUGACAGAAAUGUUGUGACAGCACUGACACACAGGCCCUGGCAUCUGAGUCACCUGGGAGAUGGGACACCCCGCUUCAGUUCCUUCUGGAAGCAUUUCUUGUACAUGGUGAUGGAUGUCGUUCUGGACUGGGGCCUACACUGUUUCUUGUGGCGACUGUGUGGGGUUUCAGCCUUCCUCAUACAGAAAAAUUUUAUUUCUGAGGACUAUGUGAGGUACUGGUCUUCCAGGGGAGUUGCAGUGAUUGCCUGGACAGUGAACACGUUUGCAGAGAAAAGCUACUACGAAAGUGUCCUGAACUGCAGCUACAUCACCGACAGCUUGGUGGAGGACUGUGACCCUCACUACUGAGCCCUGCCCUGGGCAGGCCUGCAGCCACGAGGGCACCCAGGCUGCUGAGGAGAGCUCUGGGAGGGCACAGCAGCAGCUGCCUUCUGCCUCUGCUCACAUCUCAAAUGCAGCAGUCCUCUGGUGCACUGGCCAAAGCUGUGGUGCAGCCACACACGGUCUGAGGAAAUCAUUCAAAUGUGAAAUAAUCAGAUUUGAUAACCCUGUUGGGCCAUACCUUGUCUCAGCAGGUGGCUUUAGAAUUCUCUGGCUGUUCCUUGGCUUUAUUUAAAUUUUGGUUCUAAAUUAAUAUCAGCAAUUUUGGUGUCGAAAUUUCAAAUCAUAACUUGAUGUUAGUAAUUUUAACAGCAUAUUCUGCAAGUGUAUACUAAUUUGACGUUGAUUUAUAGCAGCUUAAAAUCACUUCCAUCACUGUUCUUAAAAGAGAAACUGGAAAUAAUGGUGCCAAAAUAGAAGAUUAGUAUAUUUCCCUGCCCUGCAUGGAAAGAUGGCUGUGCAGAAUCCUGACAAGGAAGAAAAAGCCAGCUUUCCAUGUGUGAUGUGAAGGUUAUGAGAAUUAACAAAUGAAACUUGAGUAGCUUUUUAUCUUCCAAACCUUUUAAGAGAACCAAGAGAGGAUAGGAAAUUGUUUCUUCUAAUGAAGAAAUGACACAGCACAUGAAUGUAUUUACUUUAAGAGAAAGCUGUAUGUUGAGUGCUGGUAAGGAAAUAGAUCAAAUGGAGAUGAAGUGUCUUUUUAGUUUGCCUUUGGUUGCAUGGUUGAAGGGCACUCAGAGGGAUAUGGAAACUGUAGUCCAGAUUUAACUUGAACUCCAAAGAGUCUGCAGUUACAAUAAACAAGUCUCUGAGAAUUCAUGGGGAAGUGUUCUUCAUCAGCUGUGCAGAAGGGCAUUGAUGUAAAAUGUCAGAAUUAGUGCAGAUUGUCCCCAUUAGGGUAAAUCCAAACUUCUGGAAUACCACAGAUUCGUGCUAUGAGCUGCUGGGUGGGGGAAUGGAUUUUUUGUUUGUAUCCUGAGCUUCAUCCAGGCACAAAGAAGCACAGAGGAGGUGCUUUUCCCUGUCAGAAUGACAAGAGCUUCUUCCAUUUGUUCACUGAUCCCCUGCACUGCAGAAGCAAUCUCAGCCUCGUGGUGCACAUCCUACAGACUGUGUAGGUUUAUGUCUAGAUCUUGUCCUGCCCCUUCCUGAUUCCUGUGGCCUCUGCUGUUACCGCCGAGCCUGACAGGGCUCCCCCUGUGGCCACUGGAGGGCAAAUGACUCCUCCUGGAAGUGCCCUUGCUCCAAAGGUUCAACUGUUGCUGCUGCUUGAGUUUCUGGCACUGCUGAGUCACCAUCCUCCGUGCAAACACCAGGUCCAUGUCCAAUGCCCACAGCCAGGCUCCACAGCUGUAGGUGCAGGCAAACAAUAAAACUGAAUCUCUCCUCUU